AUGGAGCCUGAUUCAGAGAAGCCCAAGAGGGCGCCUCGCAAACAUGUCACUACGGCAUGUGUUCCUUGCCGGGAGAGCAAGAUCAGGUGCGACGGAGCUACUCCACAUUGCCAUAACUGUGAGAGGAAAGGCAAAGACUGUAAAUACCAACACGGCGAUGACAAACGGAAGGUAUCUCUUCGUGCUGCCACAGAGCUGUUCUCUGCUAGAAUAGAUCAACUGUGCCAGUUCAUUUAUGACCAUGGGCUGGAACCGCCCCCAAUGAAACCCGAGGAUGAGGCGGGGGUCAACAGAGUUUUAGAUACGCUACAGAUUCCUCGCGGGCUAGCGAAGAAAAGAGAAACGAGCGUAUCUAAUGAGAUGAUCUCUAUUCCGCCGAAAGCUAGUGCGCAUUCACCGGCGCACAGCAGCCCUUCAGCUUUGCAGGAUACAAAUGAGCGCCCUCCAGAGAUUCCUUCACCGCCACAGAAUGCGUUGUCUAAUCAAAAGCUCGUUCCUUCGGCUGAGAAAGACCGAGAAACAGUGAACUCGUUUGGGAUCAAUUCUAUUCCUACAAGCCAUUAUGUUCCUGCGAAUUGGAGUUUUACACUUCCAACGGCGGAGAGUUUGGACACGAUCUAUGCCAAUCUAAAUGACGGCACCAGUCUUUCGCAGGAAAACAGUCUUAGUCCGGAAAGUCUGCAGUUGACCCCGGAUAUGCAGCAGCAGCCCGGAGAGUUGCUCAGGCAAGCGCGUUACGAGAGAGAGUAUGAAUCAGACAGCGGCGACGAAGACGAGGCGGAGAAAGACGUUAUCGAGCAAAUUUCGAAUCGCAUUGGUACUCUAAAGAUUGCGGGCGAUGGUCACUUACGCUUUUAUGGAGCGACGUCGAACCUCAACCUGGUAGAUGUUUCUGCGACCCAACAGCGCCAACGUCCUGAUGCGCGCACAGUCCGGCAUGAUGGACAGGAUAUCCUGAAUCAUUUACGAGUUGGACAGCCCGUUGACCAAGCACUUGAAGACCACCUUGUGGAGCUGUAUUUCACUUGGCAGAAUACAAGCACUUAUGUGGUUGAUAAAGAUAUGUAUAUGAUUGCGAGAUCGAAGUGGAGGAAUGAGUAUGAUGACACGCCAUUCUAUUCGGAAGUUCUUACGAAUGCGAUGUGUGCUAUUGGAAGCGCUUUUGAAGCAAGAUAUCAUCCUACCUUUAUCACCUUUCCUAAAUCUUUGUCAGAAUUCUUCGCAGACAGGGCGAAGGCUCUUCUAGAGAUUGAGCUGGACUCUCCCUGUGUUGCCACAGUACAGGCACUUGUAAUUCUGAGUUGCCACGAAGGUUCUGCGAACCGUGAUGCUCGUGGGUGGCUGUAUAGUGGGAUGUCCACAAGGCUCGCGUUCGACCUUGGACUACACAUUGACAUGACACCCUAUGUUGAGAAAGGAGAAAUAGGUGCCUUUGAGGCUGAUGUGCGGCGAAUAGCGUUCUGGGGGAGUUACACUGCCGAUCACUUCUGGGGCUUCUAUUUAGGAAGGCCAUUUCGAAUGAAUGCAGGGGACAUCACCGUCCCGAAGCUUGCGUCCGAUCUAGGCGCAGAGAAAGAAAGCACAUGGUAUCCUUAUGGACUUCCAACGAAAUCAGACAUCCUGAAGCACGGUCUAAGGAAUCCAAAUGAAUUGAUCAGCAGACAAUUUGCCGUUCUAUGGGAGAUAAUCUCUCCUGUUGGUCAUAUUUUGUAUGGUUGCUCCGAUAUCCCUCGGCAUGACCUCCAAAGGUUAUGCCAUAGGGUAACAGAUGACUUGUUUGCCUGGAAAGCAAAUCUGCCGUCUAUUCUGGAUAUUAACCUCGAGAACGAUACAACUCCUCAACUCCCCCAGCUCCUAAUGCUCCAGUAUGUCUAUGUUAUGCAAUAUCACCAAAUCGUGAUUUUCACGCACAGACCUUGGGUUUCGAAAAGUUACAUCCAGCCGCGCGCUCCUCGUCAGGGACCGGGCUAUCACCAUGCUCGGCGAAUGUGUAUCGAGUCUUCGACGGCAAUCGCACGGCUGCUCCAUAUCUACGAGAAGUUCUAUACAUUCCGUCGCAUGAACAACCAAGUUGUGGCCAUCAUAUUCAGCGCGGCUUUGAUGCUCCUUUACGUCACAAUUUCAAACACUUCCACUUCUGGCAGAAGUCCCAGUGACAACCCCAACAACAAUGCGGAAAUGGUUGCUUAUCUGAAUCUUUGUUUCCGUGCAUUGGACGAACUGGGCCAGUCGUUCGAGAAUGCUAAGCGGACCCGUGACUUCCUAGUCAGUCUACAACGAAGGUGGCAGGCCCAUAUGCGCAGGUCAGGUUCAGCUCUGAAGCGCCAAAUAAGCAACCGUCCAUCAUCGCAACAUCUAGUAGGCCUUGGCUCGGACGCAGAUGCUUCCAGGAAAAAAACACGAAUCACAGCCCCGAGAAGCCAGGUCAACUACCUAGUCACUGCGACAGCGACAUCACAGGCCACUACCGCCGUUCCUAACCAACCGCAACCCUCUGGACAGCACCCUCUCGACGCGACUCAGCAAAUCGGGGUGCCUGGGGAGUUCGAUUGGAUUCGCAAUUCUGACCUGCAGUUGCUUUCGGGCAAUUUUGGAGAUAGUAGUUUCUCUCAACUUGGCAACGUCAAUACGUUCGGGGAGGACCCUGCAUUGCCCAGUCUUUCGGAUAUUGAGCCCUGGUGGGAUACUCCAAAUGGGAACACUUUCGGGGGGUCUUCUUUAUAG